AUGGGCGAUCGUACAAUAGCAAAAAUUGUCCACGAAACUUGUUUAGCUAUUUGGGAGGAACUUGUUAGUGAUUUUAUGCCAGUUCCCACACAAGAAAAAUUAGCGAGCGUAGCUAUGGAUUAUUAUAAUCGUUGGGGAUUUCCAAAUUGCAUUGGGUCUCUGGAUGGAAAACAUUGUCAAGUUAAAUGUCCUAAUAAUUCUGGAUCCAGUCAUUUCAACUACCUUAAAUAUUUUUCAUUAGUAUUACAAGGAGUUGCUGAUGCAGAUAAAAAGUUUUUAACAAUUGAAGUAGGAGCUAAAGGAAAACAGAGUGAUGGUGGAACUUUUGCAUCUUCUACACUAUUUAAUUUGAUAGACAACAAUAGGUUUAACGUACCUCCAGAAAAAAAUUUACCUGGUACAAAUAUAAAAGUUCCUCACGUUUUAAUUGGUGACGAAGCUUACCCAUUGAAAACAUACUUGAUGCGACCUUUUCCAUCUCGAGGUUUAAAUCCGGCUAGAGAAAAUUUCAAUGAUCAUUUAUCAAGAGCGCGUAAAUGCAUAGAAUGUACUUUUGGAAUACUACGGGCAAAAUGGAGACUUCUUGGAAAGGAUAUAGAAGUCAGUUCUCAAAAAGCUAUUGUAAUAAUAAAAUGUAUGUGCAUAUUACACAACGUCAUCAGGGAAAAAGAUGGAGAUAGUGAUUUGGACUACUGUAAUAUUAUGUUGGGUUCACAAACCGUUUGGGAAGAUGAAAUCACAGAUCGACGAGCAAGAGGCGCAAAUACUUUACAACAGGCAAAAGAAAUAAGAAAUACAUUUAUGAACUAUUUUUUAAAUACUUAA